AUGGUCGAUGCCAAGGGAAGGAACAUGAAAUGUCUGACUUUCUUCUUAAUGCUUCCUGAGUCAGUAAAAAGCAAGUCAAGUAAAAGCUCCAAGAAAGGGAAUGCCAGUGGCAGCUCCAAGCUGCCCCCAGUCUGUUAUGAAAUCAUCACUCUGAGGAGCAAGAAGAAGAAGAAAAUGGCAGCUGACAUUUUUCCCACCAAAAAGCCGGCAUCCACAACCACAGUGCAACAGUAUCAGCAGCAGAACCUCAACAACAACAACACCAUUCAGAACUGUAACUGGCAGGGACUGUACUCCACUAUAAGAGAAAGAAAUUCAGUAAUGUUCAACAAUGAGCUGAUGGCAGAUGUUCACUUUGUGGUGGGUCAGCCUGGAAGGACCCAGCGGCUGCCAGGACACCGAUAUGUUUUGGCUGUGGGCAGCUCAGUGUUCCAUGCCAUGUUUUAUGGUGAACUGGCUGAAAACAAGGAUGCAAUCCAUAUUCCAGAUGUGGAACCAGCUGCCUUUCUGGCAAUGUUGAAGUAUAUUUACUGCGAUGAGAUUGACCUUAGUGCUGACACAGUACUGGCCACUCUUUAUGCUGCCAAGAAGUACAUAGUCCCUCACCUGGCACGUGCCUGCGUCAACUUCCUGGAGACCAGCCUGAGUGCCAAGAACGCCUGCGUGUUACUCUCCCAGAGCUGCCUGUUCGAGGAGCCAGACCUGACACAGCGCUGCUGGGAGGUGAUUGAUGCCCAGGCUGAGCUGGCAUUACGUUCAGAGGGCUUCUGCGACAUCGACGCCCAGACCCUUGAGAGUAUCCUACAGAGGGAAACACUCAAUGCUAAAGAGAUAGUGGUAUUUGAGGCAGCGCUCAGCUGGGCUGAUGCUGAGUGCCAGAGACAGGAGCUCACCUCAUCGACUGAUAACAAGCGCAAGGUUUUGGGCAAGGCCAUGUACCUGAUACGUAUCCCUACAAUGGCUCUGGAUGAUUUUGCUAAUGGAGCAGCCCAGUCGGGCGUGUUGACACUUAAUGAGACCAAUGACAUCUUCCUGUGGUACACAGCAGCCAAGAAGCCUGAGCUGCAGUUUGUGAGCCAGCCCAGAAAGGGCCUGACACCCCAGCGCUGCCACAGAUUCCAGUCCUGUGCGUACCGAAGCAAUCAGUGGCGUUAUCGGGGCCGCUGUGACAGUAUACAGUUUGCAGUGGAUAAAAGAGUUUUCAUCGCUGGGUUUGGACUGUAUGGAUCUAGUUGUGGCUCAGCAGAGUACAGUGCCAAGAUUGAGCUCAAACGUCAAGGAGUUCUGCUCGGACAAAACCUCAGCAAAUACUUCUCAGACGGUUCCAGCAACACUUUCCCAGUGUGGUUUGAGUAUCCGGUCCAGAUCGAGCCUGAUACCUUCUACACUGCCAGUGUGGUGCUGGAUGGGAAUGAGCUGAGCUACUUUGGACAGGAAGGGAUGACAGAGGUGCAAUGUGGGAAAGUGACAUAUCAAUUCCAGUGCUCCUCAGACAGCACUAAUGGCACAGGGGUGCAGGGUGGUCAGAUUCCUGAGCUAAUCUUCUAUGCUUGA